GAGUGAUACCCUGUGAUCCACCAUGUCCACUUAAUAUGUCAGAUGCAUGGAAGGCAAACAAAGUGUUGAAGUACAAGCCCCUGCCAGUGUCAUUCAGCCUGGAUGACCCGACGCUGGACUACAUGAACCUGCUCGGCAUAAUAUUCAGGAUGUACAGCCUCCUGCUCAAGCUGAAGUGGUGUGCCUGGAGGGCUGUCUACUGCUCCUUCAUCAGCUUGGCCAAGCACAUGAGUAGCUUCAUGCCAUCCAUCUCCGCUGUGGUGACGUCAUAUCUGCAACACCCCCAGCUCAUGACGCCUUUCUGGUGAUGUCAUCCUAGGACCACUCUGUCCACCUUCCCUGGUGGCUCAGCCUUCUGCCCCCAGCUGCUGUCCUGGGCUUCCCUGGGUGACAUCAUCUCAGCACCCGCAGUGAGAUGAAGGGAAGCUGACGCUUUUUCUGGGAUUCCAUUUCUGCUGGGCAGAGGGCGAUACCCCAGGCCUUUCCCUCCCACCUGUCUUCC